AUGACAUCCCAGGAGACGAAGCCCAAAUACUAUCCGACGCCCAUGGCGUGCGAGGAGAUGAAGCGCAUUCCCCUGGGCGAUAUGUUGAGGGCCGUGUUUGUGAGCGGUGGCAUUAAGGAGAUGAUCUCAGUUGACAUUCUCGGGCCCCUCAAGUCUUCAUGCUGUGGCAUUGACGGCCCCAAAGUUUCUUUUGAGGCAACCGACUUCGACGUCUACAAGCCGGACGGCACGACGGCCAAGCUCCUCAGCUUCGCCAGCCCGGGCCGUCCGCUGGUGCUUUGCAUGGGAGCUAUGUGCACCUGA